AUGGAAGGCCAUGCGAACCCUUCGCCCCCCAAGAUAAAGCGGCAGUCGGAAAGACCUUCAAGGUACACCGAGCCAGCUCAUCACAACAAGGACUCUGGUUCUCACGUUACUAGCGCGCAUACUCCGGAAACAUACGAAAGGAGACUGUCAACGAAACCAGCUGACCAGUCUUCGCAUAUCAGAAGUAGAAAUUGUACAAAUGAAGAGUAUGACGCAGCAAGCACAUUGCUCGAUUUGAGCCGUUCAAGAAAGCCACCUCAAGACGAGCUGGGACAGCAACACAUGCGCUCGCCUGCUUUUCGCCAAAGCGAACCAGUCCCAGAAAAAAAGCCAUGGGGGUUUUUAGCUAUUCUCAACCCCCCAAAAGAGGCUCCGGCCUCACGUUCUGACGUCCAAGAGCACACACCGCAAGAUAAGAGAGGUGCUGCAUGGAACAGUAAACCAAACGAAGUGGGUGCGAUCCCAAAAGUCAGUCCACCGGCAUCACCCCAGAAACAAACCAUCCCGGCACCGAAGCGCAAGCCCCUGCCAACAUUAUCAAGCUGUCGAGCUAAACCUUCGACAUCAGAAGAAGAAGACUCCGAAGCAGCGCCAAAGUCGCGAAGAAAGGUUCCAAAGCCGUUCGCGGUACGACUAUAUCGACACAGGAACGAUCCGGAAUGGGUCGAGAACUUCAAAAAGGCCGCGAGAGCUAGACCGCCAUUGGUGCCGGUGAUGAGUGAUGGCACGCCAGUCGAACCCAGAUUUCUUGUUACCUCCACAUCAAGCGAUGGGGAGAAUGAAGGCAGCCGGGCGAAAGUCCCGAAUGGCCACUCGCCGCCUCUACCAUCAAACACGGAACCUUCAAGGUCCACAUCCCCCGAAAAGGCAGCGACGCCUGCUAGGCCGGCACCGCCUGCAUCCACUCAACACCAGAGCCAAAAUGCUCGCGCCUCCAUCACAAAGGCGCAGCUCACGAAGCACAUCGGCGACAUGAUGGCAGAAAAGUCGUCGAAGACCCAAGCCGACAAGAAAGAAAAGACGUUACGCGAGUACCGCAUUGCUCUAGCGAUCAUCGAAGAGGGCGCAGAGUCCACCAGCGACCCGUGCAUGACCUGCAGGGACCGUGACUGGCCUUGCUUCCGCCGCAAGAACCCUGGACCGAGAGCGGACCGAUGCGCUGGAUGCGCUGCCGCCAAGAUCGGAUCCAACCUCUGCUCGAGGGUGACGAAUAAUGAAGUCAAUCGGGCGAGGAGGGAACUGACGGCCAAGAAGGCCGCAAAGGGUGCCAGCAGGAAGAGGAAGAGGGCUGCAGAGGCAGAGGAGGCAGCCGAAGACAAGGGGGCCAAGCCCUCCAAAUCGUGA